UUUACCUUGUCAUAUUGUACACAUGUAACCCCGAACAAUGUUAUUUAGACGCUUUCUUUCGUUCGAGGAUAGUAAGACAAUGAUAUCUUAUAUUCUGUCAAUCGUACUUUUAACAACUGUGGUAGUAGAACUUGAGUGUGGGACUAAUUUCAUGAAACCAGUAUUCAAUGUUAUGACACCAUAUUAUUGGGCAAAAGAUAGAUUUAACAAUGACACAGUAACCGAUGAAAGUACUGCCAUGUACAAUGGUGAAGUGUGUCAGAUUGUAAACUUAAAUCUGCUGAUGAGACAUGUUGCCAGAUAUCCAUCACUCUACUGGAUACGAAGGAUGAACAGUUUGCACAAAAUGAUAAAGAAAAACCCGGAUGUAGUUAAGAAACAUAAAUUCUUGAAGACAUGGAUAAUCCCGUUUGCAGAAGAAAAUGCAUAUUCUAUGUCCGCACUUGGAAAUGAAGAAGCGACAACUCUUGGUAGAACAUUCGGAGAGAAAUUCAAACCGUUAUUUGAAGGGAAUAUGGACCUAAUAGAUUAUACCACUACAAGCAAGGAGGUUACUCGGCAAAGUUUUAAAGCUUUCCACAAAAGUUUGAAUGAAACCAUCCAAGCUAACGCACCUAUGCCAAUUCAAACGGUGGACGACGAAAGGCUUCGUUUUUAUACUAAGUGUAAGAAGUAUAGAACGUACAGCGAUAAAUCUAAUGUGGAAUAUGAUUCAUUUUUUGGUGGAACAAAGAUGAGAACAGUAGUUGAUAAGAUUAGGAAACUACUCGGGGUGAAAAACUUCAAGACAGAACAGGUCAUCACCAUGCAUCAGAUUUGUGCCUUUGAACUUGGAAUAUUUAACCAAUCAGAUUGGUGCAGCUUUUUCACUUUGGAUGAUCUUGACGCGUUAGACUACCUAUUUGAUUUGUCGCACUUCUGGCAGAGAGGUUUUGGUUACCCAAUAAACUGGCAAAUGUCCUGUCCUUUUACAAGUCACAUGUUAAAACGAUUUGAUGACACCAUUGCAUAUCAAAAUGAGACCACGGUAGCUGAUAUUCAGUUUGCGCAUUCUUAUACGCUUCUUCCUGUUUAUACAGCAUUUGGAUUAUUCAAAGACUCUAAUAAACUUUUAGCUAUCAAUUAUGAAGCAAAUAAAAGCCGACGAUUUCGUGUUAGCAGAACGUGUCCAUUCUCUGCAAAUUUAGGUACUGCCCUUUACAAGUGUGGAGCCAGCGGGAAUUUCGUCGUUAAAAUGUUUGUGAAUGGAGAAGAAGUUGACAUUCCUGCAUGCGGCGGUAAAGUGUGUCUUCAUCAGGAUUUCAAACAGGCGUAUACAUCACUUGGUGAUUGUGACUUUCAAAAGAUUUGUAAAACACAAUAA